AUAUCACAUAUUUGGGUCAGGAGAGUGAACAAAAGAAAUACUUUAUUGUUGGAUGAAUUAUGCAUAUGUGUCUUUUUACUGCAAGAAAGGGUAUUUCUGUCUACUUCCUCAACUUGUUAACUGGCUUGACGUACAAGUGUUGGGAUAAUGGCUCAGAUAAACACAGACACAAAGAUUCUAGUAAAUGUUGAUGAACUGCAACAUACUGACCGUUAUUUUUCACCCGAGAGUCAGUAUUACAGAACUCAAAAUCAAGGUGGAAGUGAGAUUGAUAGAGGAUAUGAAUCAGAACCUGGAGACUAUAUGUGUUCUGCAAUUAUGGCAUGCCUUUGUUGUUGCUGGCCGUUAGGAUUGAUUGCUAUGCAUUUCGCAAACAGUGCAAAUGAUGCGAGAGCACAGGGACAUUUCGAAGAAGCCAGAGAGAAAAAUUGUGUGGCAAUAAUCAUGAUUAUUUCCUCAGUUAUUUCCGGAAUACUAAUAGUUGGUGCUGUCGUCGUUAUACGUUUAUCUUCACAGUAAUUACAUUUAUUGGUGUCAAUAAAAUCAUGCUUAUAUCAACUAAUAAGUAUUACAUUAUAUUCUGCAAGAUAAGUUUAUUUUGAUUAGUAUUUCUAUACUGAAAUGUAUCUUACAGUCAGACGAAGGAAGAUCUCGGUGAAAUUACGAAGAGUCGAGACAAAAAAUCGUAUGACACUACUGAUAUUUGUUUCAGUUGUUUUCUUUAUAAUUGUUUCUAUUACAUCUGUACUUUCAUAUCUAAAUCAUUGACAUGCAUUGGUGUCACUAAAGAUUAUUUCCACGCUAACUUUAUACCAUGUUUCUAUUUCCGGUAAAAUAAAACUACAAAAUUAUA